UCAGCAGCAGCUGAGACGUGUCCGUGCACCGCAAGCUGACGCCCGCGAGGAUGUAGCGCUUACAGCACUGCCCAACUCCACGGUGGGCGAAACCACUGCCUUGGAAGACGCGAACAGGGACUUGCUAGAAGUACACACCGAGGAGCGACACCUGAUCUACCGCUCGGCUGUCUCCCUGGAUAUCGUCUGGAAGGACAGCCACUACUGGCAGACCGUGCCGGACCCAAAAGCCACUUUUGGCACCGCUAUGGAGGUGAACGGGGUUUUCUGGUUUGACGUGCGUGGAAAACUGUCCGCGGCGUUGCAACCAGGGAAGGCGUACACUGCGGCGUGGCGGAUCUCCGCUAAUCUUAAAGCGUCCGGCUCGAUGUUACAGACUGGAUACCUCACGUUUGUCACAACAGUCGAGGCGCCCGGCGCCCAGCCGGAGAUUUUCCGGGCCAUUGUGGACCCCCUCACGUUGCUGCAGAACGCAAAGCCCCCAAAGGCGGGUUACUUUGAGCUGGAGGUAGCCACGUUCGGGCUCGAUCAGAAGGGGACUGUUUUGAAAGACUUUACCAGCCUUGGAUCGACGGAUCCGGGUGGCGAGGACGGGGCGGCAGUGGAGGUCAGGGUUACGUUCGAGAUCGUCAACCACGAUGGCACCUCCAAGUUUGGCCUCAGGUUAGACAGCCUCGUAUUGCGCCACGCUUUGCCGGCUGAGCUCCAGAUCUUGAAUCAACGCGCGGACGAGUACAACAGAGUCGAGCGUCUGAUCGACGAGGCAAUGGCGGCGGAGCGUUUUUCCCCAACAGCCUUUUGGGAGGGUCUCGUUGAAGAGCUCAUGCCCUGCUUUGAUGGUAUAAUGUGCGAUCAGUGCCGGCGCCGUCCCACUGGAGACUUUUGGUACCAAUGCCGGUCCUGCACUAACAAGGGCAAGGGAUUCCAGACAGACUUCUGCGAGACUUGUUAUUCCGCGCCGGAAAGCAACCGUUGGCUCAAGGCGGUGCAUCACAAGACGACGCAUACAGUCUGUAUGGGACCUCAAUUGGAUGCUGGCGAAAGCGUGCACGAACCAAAUGCUGAAGGCACAGGAGGCCGAAGGCGGAGAAGAUUGAAGCAGCCGCAAACCGGCCACAGAGAAGGACUUUUGAGACCUUGGGCCCGGUCAAGAACGGAGAGGCAGUGA